AAUUGUCAACUAGUUCAGUUACAAAACAUGAUACCGUACAUGUACAAACAACUCUUAAUUCUAACCUAUAUUUAUAAUGGAAUUUAUAAUUUCGCUCAGACGAAUUCAUUGACGAAAUGCCCAGCGGGUUCUAAGAGAUCUGGAAAUACAUGUAUUGAAUCUUGUCCCUCUGGCUAUUUUGGAGAUGAUUGCUCUGAACUCUGUCCUGUCAGGUCGUAUGGGAAAGAGUGUGGUGGAAAAUGUGAUUGUUUACCUGAAGCAUGCAAUCAUGUAGUGGGAUGUACAACAUUUCAAGUAUCGACAUUGCACACAACUGUAAUUGAAGAAGGGACAAACCACACAACUGAUGAAACAGAAGUGGAUGAUCAUGAUUGUCCACCUUUCAAAUUCACGAGUCAUCAAGUCAACACGAGGACAAUCAUUGUAUUAGUUGCUUCCAUUAUAUGCAGCGUGCUUGUGUACCUUAUAAUUUACGAGUUCAGAAAAUAUCGAUACGCUUGUUUGUCAUACUCAUUUCCACAAAGCAGCACUACUACUGAAUGUGUUUAUGCAGAAAUAAAUGAAGUAAAUUCAGUUGUAAUUGAAAAUGAGGGAAUAAUAAAGUUCUCUGCCAAUAGUAAUAAUGGAAAGGCGUAGAAGAGAAGACAAAACUGAGGGUUAAUGAAAUUAGUUUUGAGAGUUGACAUUUGUGAUGAUGGGUUUCACGAGACAUAACCCCAAAAGAACAGAACAUCCAAACUGUGUGUAUUUAUUUAGCUGUGAUGGUAGGACAUGUCAUAUGCACAAAUAAGGAAGGAAACAUACAUCCACUUAUUCCACUUUUGCAUCUCUAUAUUUAGAAAGAGAUGUUUUCCGUUCAUGUCAGUUUUGAUGGGUUUUGUUGUUUCGGUGGGAAGACUUAGCGUUUGCAUUUCCCUAUACACGUAUUUAGAAAAAAAGAUGUUUUCGGUUGAUGUCAGAUUCGAUGGGGUUUGGUGUUUUGUUGGGAGGUUUACUUUUCAAAUAUAGAUACCUUUGUUGGAAUUUAAGAGAUACUAGCUCUUCCCUUCGAACAUACACCUCGAACUGAAUAUUGCAGCCUUAAUUGAUUAAUAAACGCGAUGGUGUCUAUAGUUUAUACUUUAAAUCUCUGUAGUUUUAUUUUUACCAACAUUACUUUUCGUCUAUAAUCUUAUGAAGUAAUCAUGAAUCUGUGAUGGUUUGAUGGGAUUAAGUAAAACUGAAGUGUAAGAUAAUGUAACCUUGUAUUGUCAUUCAACUAAACUGACAGAGGGAUAUAAUGUAUAGCAGUUAUGUGAGGUGUGUUCAUUGUGUCAUUGAUGUAUGUAAUAAAUGCAAUAUAACACAA